UAUUAACUACAGCGUGCAGUGUGCACACGCUGACUGGACUGCACCACGCGGUCGACACGCGUGCUUGUUUUGAUUCAAAACAUAUAGUUGUAAAAAGUUAUUUUUUACGUGCGAUUUGUAGUUUGCUGAUUUUAUACAUCCUGUGCCUGCGUUGAUAAUUAAUAUCAACAUGAUUGCCCUCGACACUCCUACGAAAAUCAAAAAGUCGCCGAAAAAGCCUUUGGUACAAGUACCAGUGGUUACAAAGACUGAAGACGAUGAUUCCGAGGAUCUUGAAGAAUCAGAUGCAGAGGAAGCUGGUACAGACAGUCUAAAUGAAGAAAUGGAAGAAGGCCAAGGUGCCAGCAAUGAUGAGCAGUCAAGCUCUGGUGUGGAAGGAGAUGAAUCGGGCGACAACGAAGACAGCGACGAAUCAAAUGAGGUUUCCGACAAAUCAAAGGCUAAUCCUGGCUGGGCUGAUGCUAUGAAGAAGAUUUUAAACACAAAGAAACCAAAAAGAAAAAAGUCCAUAGUUUUGUCAAAGGCCAAAAAGUUAAAUGAAAUAUUAGCCAAGCCAAAGGAGGUGCCAGUACCGUUUGAAUUAGAGGGAGAAAACGGUGAAAUAAAAAAGGAAACGAUAAAAGUUGAAGAGGGUGUAGAUCAAAGUGAUAAAACUACUGAACAGAAAAAUCACAGAAGGAAAGAAUCAUUAGGAAUCAGGGUCAAACCAUCUGUAUUAGACAGGGAGCGUGAAAGGCGGCUACAAAAAAUUGCUACAAAUGGUGUUGUUCAGUUGUUCAAUGCAGUUAGGCAACAGCAGAAAGAGAUUGAAGAAAAAUUGGUUGAAGCCGGACCAUUGGAAAGGAAAAGAGAGAAAGCUUUGAAGAACAUUGACAGAAGAGCAUUCUUGGAUGUUUUAAUGGGUGGCACAAGUAACUUGGCUCCAGAUGAAAAAAAAGAAGAAUUGAAAGAAGAAGAAGAAGAGAACAAAGAUGAGAACGAUGAGAGUAAUAAUAAAGACAAAAAGGUCUGGAGCGUUUUGAGGGACGAUUUUGUAAUGGGAGCUAAACUGAAAGACUGGAACAAGCAGGACACUGACGAAGAAUCGUCGGCUCCCGAAGAAAUGGAUAGCGAUUAGAUUAUAAGGAUGCAAAAUAAAUGUUAAGUUGACUCUGCUCUCGCGAAUGUCGGCGAGUGUCUGGAAGUUGCCGGGCUCCUCAUCCGCUGCAGCUUCGUCGCACUCGCUGCCCUGUGGCCCGACGCUGCUAGCAGCCUCGAGCUCCGAGCCGUAUCGCACGUCCAGAUCGUCGAGGUUCCAGCUGAUUGGCGCUUCGCUAGAUAUCCUGCUCUCCCGAGGCACUCUCAGAGGCUCGUCGUCUUCGGAUCUUCGAGAUCUCACGUAGACGAGAUUCGAGCGAGGUAUGUCGUCCAGCUCGUCGUCGCCUCGGUCGCUUCUGGCGCUGUUGCGGGAGUUCAUCGCGUCGUCCCACGGAUGAGAGUAUCGGUUGUCCAUAACGUUGUCUGUAAAUAUGUGAAAAACAUUAAUGGAGGCUCGAGAAUAAAAUUAUCAUUCGAA